AUGCCUCGGAGGGAUAUUGAAUCAAGAACAACGCCAAUUGGCUCUAGAACGAGACUAGUGGAGACAAUACUCAGCCCAUAUCAGCAGGAAGGUCCAGCGGGGCGAAUUGGUGUGCAAUGGCAAACGGGUGCGAUUCUGGGAGCAUUGCCGUCCAUGACCGGCACCAGUGCGUUGCUAAAGGCAGCAAGAGAUGUUGAUGCGUUGGCUCGACAGCAUGCCAACGCCUUUGAGCAUGCAAUCUAG